GCCAAGGCAACUGACUUUUUUGUCAAUCUACCAGCCCGAAGUGUAGAGGUCAUGUCUCUAUCUGCAGCGAAACGGUCUAGUUUAUUUUUAUACCUCUCUCUAAUGCCACCACUUCUAGCGAAACCACGGCAACGACAAUGGCUACCGUCCUUUAUUACCUUUCCAAGCACCAAUGCGUCCUCACGAAUCUGCAAUCCUAUCUUGAUCAAGCCCUCCCCAGCAACAGCCACGACUGGGCCUACGAGAAUAUGAGCGCCAUCACCUACAUUGAUGAUAUCAUCAAUGAAACACCCCGGCUACGACUCGCACUCAUGACAGGUCGAUACUGCGUGGCCCCUGCCCAGGGAAUCCAGGUCGACGAAGUCCAUAUACCUAGUAACGUAAAUGUAUUUAUUCCAGUACAGGUGAUACAUACGGAUGAGCGGUAUUAUCUGGAGGCGGAGUUGUUUUUCCCCGAGCGUGGGGGCGAACGGAAUGACGGGAUGGGAGCAGGGCAGGCAUCAGCCUUUAUCGAUGGAUAGUUAUACUAGGUCUCUACAGCUGUGCUGGUAAGAAUCUGGCGACGAUGACUUUGCGCAUCGCCAUUUCUAUUAUUGCGCAGCAGUAUAAUAUCUCCUUCGCGCCGGGUGAGACUGGAGAGGCGUUUGAGCAGGGUGCAUUGGAUACUUUCACAACGACUUUUUCCGCCUCUGCAGGUACAAUUUCAGCAUCGGUAGAUUGUCA